CUUUCAUCGGCGCUCGACCCCGAUCUGCAUCCAACCGACCCUCAUCCCACACCCACACCCACACCCACGCCCCCGGCAACGUUUCCCACUAUGAUGGCCGCCAGCCAGCCCGACAUAGCCUCGUCGAUCGCCACAAGGAUCAUCGCCGACAGCGACCUCCAGGACAUUGCCCGCCUCGUCUGUCUGCAAAAGUGGGCCGAGGCCUGGACCCGGUGCCAGGCGCUGCUGCCGGCGCUCUCUGCAACACUCCUCUACCAGCCGGCCUACUGCAAAGCGUUCUGGCUCUCGUACCUGACGAUCGUGGCCCACACCAACAGGAGCAAUCCGCUGCAGGAAUGGAGCUCGAUCAUGGACUUUUAUGGCGAUGUGGGCCUCAUUGAUCUAGAGCUGGUUGUGAUGGGGGCGGGCAUCUACCAAACACACAAUGAGCUUCAGUCGGCCAAAGACCUGAUCGAACUAUGGAUCGCAACGCAGCCCGACAGCUUCUUUGAGCAGCUGCCACAGUCCAGCCAAUCCAUGAAAGCCUACGAGCAGCUCCUGGAACUCUAUCUUUUGCAUAUCUGCACGGGCCUGAAGGACUGGGAGGCCGCCGAAGAGUUUCUCGACUUUGACGAAGUACUGACCGCAGAGCGCAAGGAGCUCUAUCGACAAAACCUCGGCGAGCUCCGCCAGGCCGUCGAGCGCCCGGCUGCUGCUGCACCCAGACCGGCCGCAUUGGCUUGCCCCCGCUCUGCUACUGAAGCCAAGGAGCCAACGCAGAAUACAACGGGCGCCCAGGCUCGUGCUGCCGCUCGCAUCGACGGCAGCAUCGAGGAUCUGCGCCAGAACCAGGAUGGCGAGCCAUCCAACGACUCGUGGCUCAUGCAGCUCCGGCAAUCUGCAGCGAUUCAGAUGCUGUUGGGCAACCGGCGUGCCGCUGCAGCUGUUUUCCUGGCUGUCCUGGCGGCAAUCCUGAUUCCCAGAGCACUGAGGAAGCGCCGAGGAUCAGAGCAUGGGUGGCUGGCGGUUGUGGCCGCAAAGAUCGGCCAUAUGGUGAGAGCGGCGCUCCGAGGAGUGAUAUAGUGCUCAAGGGAGUAAUUUAGUACUCGCAGGGAGCGAUGGAGUACUGGCGGUGAGUGAAGCAAGAAUAUCUUGCUUUCGGGUUCGUUGGAUGUUCUUCUCACCCUGAGAGCCAGUGAAUAUACACAAGAUGUCAUUUUUUGCAAAAGAAUACAGUGGUGAUGGUGCCGGAAUCAUGGUCGCGCACAGAGAUGGAUCAGACACAGCCCGAAACGCAUGCUCGACAAAAUGGCCGUCGUGAACAGGAAGAAUCGUGUCUGGGAGGAGCACAGUGUCCGUCUUCGGGACCAGCUUGGCUCUCGGUAUCAACUUCUCGCAUAAUGACCGAAUGAGUUGAAUCAGGCACCAAAGAGGUCGUCGUUCAGGGUCGUCGUCCCGGCCGUCUGGACUGUUGCCAGCACGAUCUCUCCGACCUGGCUUUUGAUUGCUUCCAGCGGCUGGCGAGCAUCAACGAC